AUGUGGUCCCUUACGAGCACCGUCGUCAGCGUCCUCGCUUUGUCGAGCAUCGCCCUGUCUGCUCCUGCUGCUGACAUUGAAGCCGUAUCCACCCUUGAGACUCGCAAGUCCAAGGCAUGCACAAAGGGAAACUACUAUACAUGUGUUAACUCUUGGGCCGGGCCGUGUCAGGUUGGUUGCCUGAGAGAAGGGCCAACUAUUGGCAAGCAAGUUUGUGAGAACGAAUGUGCAUUUGAAGCUUCCAAGAAUUGCGAAAAGUGGUGCCACUAG